AAAAAAGAAUCAAUAGUAUUUUUUCUAAUGUAUACAUCUAUGAGACAAACUUCUUGACCCCUCCUUGAAUCAACCCUGCCACUACUAAAUACCUGAACUCCUGCAUACCAAAUGCAAUCUCCCAUUGGCUAUCUGUACCAAAGAAUAUUCAAACAAGUAAAACCCUCAUUGCCUUUAAGAACAACAAUCGCAAGCACCUUCUCAACCUUGACAUAAACAUAAUCCCUACCUCAAUGCUAAAUAUUUCUAGAAAUGAAGAAACACUUAUUAAUAGGUUUAGGGUAGACCUGCUCUUCAGGGCUCAACUCUUUGCCCACAAUUACACCUUCAUCAGCUCUCCUAAUUGUUCUUGUGGUCUACCCGAAACUCCAAAACACUUCUUUUUUCACUGCCCUCUGAAUGAAAAUGCAAGAACCAUCUUUUUCAAUACUCUCUAUACUGAAACUCCUUUGAUCCCCACUAACCAAUCCACACUUUUAGAAUACCUAGCCUUUAGCAAUCAUAAUUUUAGCAAUAUUAGGAUGAAAACACAAAAAUCUUUACUCUGACUUCUGCCUUUAUUAAGAGAUGGCUUACCCCAUAUUGAACAAGACUGAAGAAGACUAUCUUAGAACCUAUUGUACCCUGCCUUGUCUUGCAAAUAUAAAUUACAUUGUCCCUCUGCCCUGUAUUUCCCCCAAACCCAGCCCAGCUCAGACCCCCCCCCCCCUUCCACCCCUCUUCAUCUUUUUCCCCGCUUGGCUAGAGUGCUUAUAAUGCCAAAAUGGUGAUUAGCACUUGAAUAUGCUCUCUUGUAUUUACUAUAUUACCCCAUGUACAUCUAUUUUUUAUAAAUAAAUAAAUAAAAAUAAAAAAAAAA